AUGCAAUGGACCUACUUACUCACUCUCCCCAUCAUCACUUUUGUUGCAUGGCAAUACACUGUCACCGUUGUUAAUUCCAAAUUCCCUAAACUUCGUAACAAGAAGAUAUGUUUACUGAUAGCGCAUCCCGAUGAUGAAGCCAUGUUUUUUGCGCCAGCAAUGCAGGCGCUCACAGACCCGGAACUCGGAAAUCAUGUUAAGAUUCUCUGUUUGAGCAGUGGUGAUGCAGAUGGAUUAGGGGAAACUCGGAAGAAGGAGCUUGUUAAGAGCGGGAUGCAAUUGGGUUUGCGACAAGAGAAUGAUGUUUUCGUCUUUACGAGUCCAGAUUUCCCAGAUAGUAUGACGAAGAUUUGGGAUAAAGAAAAGAUAGCCAAUCUUCUCGCUUCCGCCUUUUGCCCUCCUCAUACAAGAAAAACGAAUCUUACAGUUGCCCCAACAGCAACCAUCGAUGUUAUUUUGACUUUCGAUUCCCAGGGGAUCUCUUCGCACCCAAAUCAUAUCUCCUUAUACCACGGCUCACGGACCCUUAUCGCAUCCAUGAUGCGGGAUCGUCCAGGAUGGCAAUGUCCUAUCGAUAUUUAUACCCUUACCAGUGUCUCGGUUCUCCGAAAAUAUACAUCCAUAUUAGACACAUUUAGCACAAUGGUAGUUGCGGCCUUUUCGAAAAGACAAACAGGCGACCACCCUAGUCCGUUGUUAAUGAUGAGUGGUGUGGGGCAACUCAGAACUGCCCAAAAAGCUAUGACAACAGCACAUCAGAGUCAGAUGAAGUGGUUCAGAUGGGGAUGGAUUGGAAUGUCAAGAUAUAUGGUCAUAAAUGAUUUCAAAUUGGAAAAGGUUGUUAUAUAA